AUGGCAUUAGAGAACGAGCUGAAUCAACGACGGGGCUUGCAAGUGACAAUAGUGGAGUUUCUUCUUGAAGACAUUUUCAGAAUCGAGCGACUAAACCCAGAUGGUAAAAAGUUUGAUAAAGUUAUUCGGGUUGAAGCAAAAAGUGAGAAGUUUGACAUGUUCAUGCACCUAGAUGUGAUGGUUACAAAGGAUUUUGAAGUGAAGGAAGGUGAUAAGUUUGCUAUGGUAAUAGCUCCAACACUAAAUCUGGAUGGAACUCCUAACACUGGCUAUUAUACUCCGGCACAACGAGAUUGCAAGGCUCAAUCCUAAUACAAAAUCACCGUCGGAUUCUGCUCCAACAUUCAG